ACGUUGAUAGCAUAAAAAAUAAAAAUAGAAAAUAUUGAAAGUCCAAGAUCGAUAUUUGCUAUCAUACUUCAAUGUUUUCAUUGAUUGGAACUAAUUUAGUUAACAUAUAUAACUAUUCAGCUAGUUUUUCGUUUAUGUACCUUUAUUGUUGACAGUCUUUGUGUUUGCCUUAACUAACAGUUAUAUAGAUCUUAUUAAGAUCAUUAAGGCACAAUGAAGAUUAAUGAGAAAAAUUUGUGUGCGUUCGCUUCAUCAGCAACACCAGUAGAUCGUGAGGGAUGGCUAGACAUGAGAGGCGAAGUAGGAAAAAGCUACCAACGUAAAUGGUUUACGUUAAAAGGAAAUCUACUGUUUUAUUUUGAGAAAAAAGGAGAUAAGGAGCCAAUUGGUGUUGUUAUACUAGAAGGAUGCACAAUUGAAUUGACUGAAGAAGAGUCAUACAGUUUCAAGAUAGUGUUCCACUGUGAAAGUGGACGUACAUUUUUCUUGUGUACGAACUCACAAGCCUCUAUGGAGGCUUGGAUGAAGGCUUUGGCUUGUGCAAGCUAUGAUUAUAUGAAGUUGAUGGUGGCUGAGUUGCAGAGACAGCUGGAUGAAGCUCAGGCUGAAGAAGCUGCCGAGGCUGCUGCAUUAGUUACAGUUACAUCUCCUGAAGAAGAACCCAAGGUUCCUCCCCGGGGUCAACGCUACAAUCCCUUCAACAAAGCACCUGAAGGAGAGACUAAAGCUGUGCCGGGGAGUAGACACCAUAAAGAGAGUGUGAAAUCAGAGCUUCCCCGUAAAAAAAUACCAUUUCGAGAUAUCCACAAAUCCUAUGGUCGAAAGAUCCUAUCAGAUCGCAGCGAGUGGCGCGCGCGACUGCGCAUGCGCGAUGAGGCUGUGGAGCGACCUCUCAUACAGCUGUGAGGAUAAUUAUAUACACGUAAAAGCAAUGCGGUAUUGAAGAUGACGCUAUAUCUCACUGCAAUUUCAGUUGGACGAGUUAUGAAGUUGGCUAUGAUUUGUUAAUUUGGCAGUAUUGGAGAACAUGCUGGCAAGAUUUAUAUGAAAUUGCAAACAUCAGAUUGUGAAUGACAUUGUCAUGAUUAUAACAUAUAUUUUAUUGCAUAUUAUAUAAAGUUCAAUAUGUUUAUAAAAUAUAUACUUUGCCUACUUUUAAUGGUUUUAAAUCUUUUCAAUUAUAAAAAAUAGAAAUUAUGCUUCUCUUAUUUCAAUAUAAUAUAAAGUACAGCAGUGCGAUUCAAUGAGAACUCACUUCACUGGAGAAAUAUUGAUAAUCGACUUAAUACACCUUGAUGCAUGUAUCCUCUAAAUGUACUUAAUAUUAUAGAAUGUAAUUACUUACAACUAUAGUCAAAGUCGUAUAUCAAAUUUCAUGGUGAUGUUCUCUACUGAUACUGCAAUUCAUACAAGUACUUAAUAUGUAAGAAAUACUAAUAAUAAUUUAUAUUUAUAAUACUUUAAUACGAUCUAAUUAAAAAAAAAAAUUAUAAAUGAAUGUGUGUUAUAUUGUGCAUGCAUAAACAUAAAAAUGGUUUUUGUUUUAUUUUCAAUUAAAUCUUUAGUGAAUGUUGAUGUUUAUUAUAAAUACGUAAUUGUUUCGCUACCACUUAAGACUCGUUAUCAUUAUAAUAAAGUCAUAGUGAUUUGAUCACAGAUGGCAUCGGCCACAUCCCAAAUAACUGUCCACUGAUCUAAUUGUUGGACUUAAGAAAAUGUUUAUCCACAUAUGGUCUUCGUGGUAUGUGUUUAUUGUAAAUCAACCAGCACUGCGAAUUAUUACUAUUGUUUAAUGAACUACAAGUUCUAUGCUUAUGUAAUGUCUUCAUUAUUUUCAAAAACAGUUUAAAAAAAUCAUAAUUUAAAUUGCAGUUAAAGGUUUGAUCAUAUUGUAAUGUGAACUGAAAAUUUCUUACAUCAUAAAAAAAAAUAUCUCAGUAUAAAAAAUAUUUGUAUUUAAUAGCGAAUAAAUGUUCAGAACUAAUCUAUAUUACCUCACUGCUUAUCAAAACAAUGAUGAACGUUAAACCUAUCUCAGAAUUUAUUUUAUAAUUAAGAAAGGCAGACAAGCAAAUGUUUUAAUCUAUAGCCUGCCAACAUGUCAUUAAUACCUAUAAACUUACCUAUGAAAUGAAACUCAACAAUACAAAAUAUUGUUUGGUAGAAUAAUUAAUAGGAUGGUACCUCACCAGAUUGCCAUGCAAAUAUUAUUACUACCACCAUUUUUAAUUGCUUUAUGACUUGUCAUAUCAAGGUUUUAUGUUUUCCUUGACGAAGGAUGAUUUAGCAAACAAAAAUUAAGUUAUUUAUAAUUGAAAGACAAAGUUAUCAAUCUUAAAUAACAUAACGAAAACAUUUAUAUGAAUUGAAAGUUUAGACAUAUAUUUUUUACUCUUAUUUUUUGAAAGUAUUGUGGUAGUGUCUCCUGACAUACUACCACAAAAAUAAAGAAAAAUUUUCGUCAAAGAAAGUACCGAAUUGUAGGCAAACAUAACAUAAUGUAUAUAUACAUAUACAAUUUAAUUAAUAAAUAAAUUAAUUAACGUCAUCUUUGAUUUUGUACUGUGCUUGAAGCUUUAAGCAAUUGUUUUUGUAAAUUAGUUAGAAAUUGUAAUUUAUAUUGAAUCCUUUGAAAAGAGAGAUCUCAAAUAUAUAAUCAAAAUUUAUUGUUUAGCCUGCUUGCCUAUUUGAUUUAAGGACAAACGGUAUAUUAAUUUGCAAUUUGAAAACUACAGUUUAUUACACGUUUCAAUAAAAAUACAUGAUAAAGAUUUAUUUACAAGCUUUUAUUUUACCUGUUAUUAUCUGUGGGUCAUAUUUAUGCAAUGAAUUAAAGCCAGUUCCACUUAACUCUUACUUUGCUGUACUUUUACAAAUCAUUUUGGUGCUGGUGACAUUAGUAUACUAAAUUUUAUUAGUUUUGAGACAUGAACCAAAUAAAAGCUUGUUUCCAUUUUUUUUAAUUAUAUAUUUUUGAUUAUCGAUAUCACUUAAUUUCCUCUGUUCUUCCUCUAUAAUAUAAUAUGUUAUAUUUAAGUUAUUGAAUUGUGAAUUAAAAUAUCAAUAAUAUUGUAAUGUAUUGUUAUAUAAGGCUCUUAAAACGUCGAAAUAAAACGAUAUAAUAUUGUA